UGUAUAGCUACUGAUUGAUCAAGUGAGGCUGAUCUUUCAAGUGAUUUGAUUGAAAAUUCAUCGUUUGAUUUGGUAUUUAGAAACAGUAACGAGUGUUGAGAAUCACGCACGAUUGAGUACAGUCUACAUAUGGCGAUUACUACGAACAUCUCCAUCAAUGAUAGAAACCUUGUUGUUCAUGGGAGGACCAUACUGACUGGGGUUCCUGAUAAUAUAGCUCUUACCCCUGAACCAACCACAGGUCUUGUUACCGGUGCUUUCAUUGGUGCUAAGGCUGAAACUAGCAAAAGCCUUCAUAUCUUUCCCAUAGGUGCUUUAGAGGGUCUUCGAUUCAUGUGUUUGUUCCGUUUUAAACUCUGGUGGAUGACUCAAAGGAUGGGAACGAAUGGGAAAGAUAUUCCACUCGAAACGCAAUUCAUACUUGUGGAAAGUAAGGAUGUAACAGAUGAUGAUGAUCCCAUUAUCUAUACAGUCUUCCUUCCUCUUCUAGAGGGUCAAUUCCGUGCUGUUCUUCAGGGAAAUGAAAAUAAUGAAAUGGAGAUUUGUCUUGAAAGCGGUGAUAAGGCUGUUGAAACAGAUCAUGGUCUUUCUCUUGUUUACAUCCAUGCUGGAACCAACCCCUUUGAAGUUAUAUACCAGGCUGUAAAAUCUGUUGAAAAGCACUUGCAAACAUUUCGUCAUCGCGAAGAGAAGAAGUUGCCUUCAUUUCUGGACUGGUUUGGCUGGUGCACAUGGGAUGCUUUUUACACAGAUGUCACAGCUGAAGGUGUUGAAGUUGGCCUUAAAAGCUUGUCAGGUGGGAGUUCUCCUCCACGGUUUUUAAUCAUAGACGACGGUUGGCAACAGAUUGACAGCAGUUCUGUUGUUCAAGAAGGAGCACAAUUUGCAAACAGGCUGACUGGCAUAAAAGAAAACGAAAAAUUCCAAAAGAACUGCCUAAAGACUGUUGUAGAGAAAGCUAAGAAGAAUCACAAUGUGAAAUAUGUAUAUUUAUGGCAUGCUUUAGCUGGCUACUGGGGUGGAGUAAAUCCGGCAGCAGUUGGAAUGGAGCGUUACGAGUCAUCUAUUGAAUAUCCAAUUCAAUCUCCUGGCGUUUUAGGAAACCAGCGGGAUGUUGUCAUGGACAUUCUAUCUGUCCAUGGCUUGGGAUUGGUUCACCCAAAAAAGGUGUUUAGUUUCUAUGAUGAUCUUCAUGGUUACCUGGCCUCGUGUGGAGUUGAUGGUGUGAAGGUGGAUGUGCAGAAUAUAAUUGAGACGUUGGGGUCUGGUUAUGGAGGAAGGGUUUCACUCACCCGUGACUAUCUUCAGGCUUUAGAAGCCUCGAUUGAGAGAAACUUCAGUGAUAAUGGUUGCAUUGCUUGUAUGUGUCAUAAUACUGAUGGGAUUUAUAGUUCCAAACAGACAGCUGUUGUUAGAGCUUCUGAUGAUUUUUAUCCUCGUGAUCCUGCUUCUCAUACCGUUCAUAUAUCUUCUGUUGCUUACAACUCUGUUUUCCUUGGAGAGUUCAUGCAACCGGAUUGGGAUAUGUUUCAUAGUUUGCAUCCAGCUGCUGAAUAUCAUGCUGCUGCCCGUGCAGUUGGAGGAUGUCCAAUCUAUGUCAGUGAUAAGCCUGGAAACCAUAAUUUUGAUCUUCUGAAGAAGCUAGUUCUACCUGAUGGGUCUGUGCUUCGUGGGCAGUUACCUGGAAGACCGACUCUGGAUUGUUUGUUUGUUGAUCCAGCUAGAGAUGGGAAAAGUUUGCUGAAAAUCUGGAAUGCAAACAAAUGCUCUGGGGUGGUUGGAGUUUUCAAUUGUCAAGGUGCCGGGUGGUGUAAGGAUGAAAAGAAAAUGCGGAUUCAUAAUACAAAUCCUGGAAUAUUAACCGGAUAUGUCAAAGCAGAGGAUGUCUUUGCUCUUGCCCAAAUUGCUGGGGCCAACAUGAAUGGAGAUUCAGUAGUGUUUGCUCAUAAAUCAGGUGACCUGAUACGGUUAGGGAAAGGCGAGUCACUGCCAGUGAAACUGAAAGUACUGGAAUACGAAGUUUUUCAUUUCUGUCCACUCAAGGAAAUAAGUGAAUCUGUUUUCUUUGCACCGGUGGGAUUGCUUGACAUGUUUAAUAGCGGUGGUGCAGUAGAGGAGUUUGAUGAUAAUGCAAAUCCUGUUUCCAGAAUUAACCAAGAAACCUGGACCAAAACGGUAGCUCUGACUGUUAGGGGGUGUGGACGGUUUGGUGCUUAUUCGUCUCGAAGGCCACAUAAAUGUUCAUUGGAUGACAUCGAGAUAGGAUUCGAGUAUGACAAUGAUAGAGGACUGCUAACAGUUUCCAUCCCAGUUCCAAAAGAAGAGAUGUACAAUUGGAAAGUUGAGAUUGAAAUUCAAGUGUAAGUGUAAUGAAUUAUUAACUCAAUGUAAUAAGGCUCUUUGGAGAGGUUGAAUUCAACACAACAUGGUUUUGUUCAUUCCAAAUCUCCCAAUAGAGAUGUGUAAUAGAACAUGCUUUUCACACGAUAAA